AUGGAUCACCAUCUUAUGGCCUGGCUGUGCGCCAUUGUCUGCUUUGCGCAGGUUUGGUCAUUGCCAACAAACUGCAUCCUCCACAAGAACUUAAUGAAGACGUCAUACACACUUCUAGAAACAAUGGGGGGUCAUUUUCCUUUGCAAUGCCUGAAGGACCAUGUUUCCAUUUCUUUUCCCCAAUAUGUGUUCCAGUCCAACAAUACACAGCAGGUUACUGGUGUCGAAAAAGCCAUUUACCAGACACUCCAGAAUAUUGACACACUGUUUGAGAAUGAUGGUGUUCCUGACCAGUGGAAUGCGCAAAAACUGGAUGACUUUCAAAACAUCAUAUACCGCCAGAUUGAGGACAGCAAAUGCGUGAUGAAUAAGUUUGAAGCGACACAGGAUUUCCCUAGUAGAGAUGUUGCACUCAAAGCUUACUUCGAGAUCAUAUCCACAGUUGUGAAAGAAAAGGGUUUUAGUUACUGCGCAUGGGAAAUCGUGAGGAAGGAGAUACUCCGCACUCUGAAGUUCAUACUGACGCAAAACUCCGACAUCAUGUUAUGA